UAUGCUACGAAAAGACAGUUCUUACAGAGAGAUAUCCUUAACAGACUCUUUAGAGCAAAAAUCAUUUUUAAACUUAGCCAGAAAACCUUCUAAUGCUGAUUUUAAAGGCAAAACACCCUUAGGUGUCAAAGGCAAAGAUAAUAAGGAGAAUUCUUCUGCAAGAAUUCAUUCUGAUACACCAACUCAAGACUUUUUUUUUAAAAGAGAAGUCAUAAAAUCAGAGAAAUAACUACCAAAUGAGAAAAUGGCAAUCUAUAAUGAUGCAUCAAGAUUUCAAUCAUCUAAAACGUAUAUGGAAUGCAGGAUUGAGUAAUUAGAAUAACGUAAGAAAACCUAAAGUCCAUAGCUAUUGUCAAUGACUCCUGUUUAGAAUAAGUAGAUCAGUCAAGAAAGAUAUAAUCAUCUUCAAUAACCAUAAUAAUAAUAAUAACAAUCAGUUUAAAGUUCAAUGAAUUUAACUAGGAAGGCUUCUGUUGUGCCUUCAAGAGGUUUGUCUGCAUUGACUUCCCCAACUCCAAAAGAAGGUGAUUUUAAUAUCUAUAAGUAACAGAGCAGCAUACCAACAUCAUAUUUGGAUUCAGUUGUAACUCAAAGAAAUAAUAAAAAUUACACUGUUCCAGAGUAAUAAUAAUAGUAAUAAUAAUAAUAACAAUAAUUGUAAUAGUAAUAUUAAUCAUAAUAAUAAUACCAAUCAUCAUAAUAAUAAUAAUACUAAUCAUAAUAAUAAUUAUAGUAAUAAUAAUAAUAACAAUAAUAAGAUUAUAAAAACCCAUCUUAAAAAUUGUAUUAUGUCACUUCACUUAUCAAAGCCUUUAAAAUGAAAGGUCCCAAUUCAGCAAAAGAGCAUCUUAUUCACAACAUGCAAGUAAAAUUUAAUUUAAAUAUUUUAGGGAAUCAUUAUUGCUAAGAAGCUUAAAGUACCUCCAGUUAAAAAAUCUAUAAUGUUGCCAGCAACUGACAAAAAGACUCUUUUGUUUGAUUUAGAUGAAACCUUAGUUCAUUGUAAUUCAAAUAGUUUUAUACCUGGGGAUGUUUUACUCAAUAUAAGUCAUGAAGGAGAGAAGAUGGAAGUAUAAAAACAAUAUAAAAAUUAGGCUUCAUUAAAUAUUAGACCUUAUACUUCCCAUUUAUUAUAGACUUUAAGUAGAAAUUUCGAAUUGAUUGUAUUUACUGCUUCUUAAUCACAUUAUGCUAAUGCAGUUAUUGAUUAUUUGGAUCCAUAAAAAAAAUGGAUAAGUCAUAGAUUCUAUAGAGAACAUUGUAUACCUACAGAUGAUGGACAUUUUAUUAAAGAUCUUCGUAUUUUUACAACAAGAAAACUAAGUGAUAUGUUGUUAAUUGAUAAUGCUCCUCAUUCUUAUCUAUAUUAAAUUUAAAAUGGUGUACCAAUCAUUCCUUAUAUUGAUAAUAAAUCAGAUGAGGUAAAAUAAUUGUGUAAUAUUUUAGGAAUUGAAAUCAUUAUUAUAGUAUUUGAUGUAAUUUAAGAACGUUAAGGAUGUGAGAGAAUUGAAUAUGUAGCAAAUGAAACUAUAUCGUUUUUCAGAAUAUGAUGACCCUUAAGAACUAUUAAAAUGUGAAUUUAAUGAAUACUAAUUAUAAUCCGUUUUAUUAUGAUAAAAUCACUUUUUAUUUGUGCCUUGCUUUUAGGAUUGAAUGCAACAUCACUCUCAGAUGAAGGUGAAGUUAUUGCCAAAUUGACAUAAUUGGAACAAAGUGAAUUUGGUCGUUAUUUGAUUCAUACUCUAUAACUGGAGAUGGAAACAUCAGAUAGUUUAGACCAUUUAAUCAAUGUACUUGAGAAAUUAGAAGGACGUUACCAAGAUGAUUAAAAGGAGGAUGAUGCAAACAAUAGAGUCUAUUAAGAUUAAUGUGACUCAGACAUUGGUUAACUUGAUAAAGACAUUGCUAAUAGCUAAUAUUCAAUUUUACAACUUGAGGCCAAACUAGAAGGUAAUCUUAUUCCUGCCAGAUCAAUCUAAUAAGGUGUUGAAAAAGCUAAAUUAGCAGAAAUUAAAUGUAAUAUUCAUCUAUAAAUUUUAUAGAAUACACAUAAGAGAUUUAAGAACUUGAUGAAGAGAGACAAGAACAAAAUGAAGUGUAUGAAGCUAAAAUUGCUGAACAUUUUGAAGCCUCUAAAAUAAUUAGAGAAGCUUAAGCCAUUAUUAAGGAUGGACUCUAAAGACCAUCACUUGCAGAAAUUAAAAAGAAUGGCAAAAAUGCUAUUAGAAUAGCUCCAAAUAUUUUAGCUUAAGUUACUUCAAGUUUGAGUGGAUCAAUUAAUAAGAUAAGAUAAACUCAUAGAUUCACAAAAGCUUAUGCCAGUAUUUUCAAAGUGUUAUUAACAAUUAUGAAUAAAUCUGAAUCAACUGCUGAUGAAGGAUCUGUUGAAAAGUAUAAUUUAAUUUAUUAUAAAAACACUCUAGAAUAAUUCAAUUAUGCAGUGAUUUAUUAACUAAGAUUGAUGACAGUACUAAUUUAGAAAGAUUCGCUGAAGACAAAAGAGUUUAAGCUUAUGAAAAACACAAGCAUUUAUUAAAUAGAGAUUUAUAAUCUGCUUAAUCUAUUUUAGCUAAUACAUAAGCAACUUUAUAAAGGUUAUUCAUUUAAUAAUUUUAUUUAGUUUGAACGAUUCUAUUUAACAAGCUUAAAACUCUAUAGCUACUAUCUAAUAAAGAUUAGAUUAUUACUAAGACACUAGAUAAUAGAGAUUUGUUGAAUGUGAAGAAGCUGCUUAUGAUUAUCAACAAGCAAGAAGUGCUAGAGAUAAUAAUAAGCAAUUAGUAUCUGACUUAAUUGGUUUAGUCAAUAAACAUCUUAGAGUUCUUAGAGAAUAAUUGGCAUUAAGAGUUGCAGCUGGUGAUAAUAUUUGAAA